GUGUCUUCCGCGGCGUGGGAUCAGACAGUGAAAGUCUGGGACGCCAUGCGAGGGGCUUCCAUCAGCACCUUUCGAGCACAUCAGCAGUUGGCCUAUGCGGCCAUUUGGUCUCCUGCCAGGCCCGCCUGCUUGGCCACGGUGGGUGGGGAUGCGAUGCUACACAUCCAGGACCUCAAUGCGGGCGAGCGGCCUGUGCAGAGCAUUCAGGCACAUCAGCAUGAGAUUCUGACGGUGGAUUGGAACAAGUACAACGAGUUCAUGGUGGUCACGGGAAGCGUCGACAAGACGAUCCGCACCUUUGAUCUUCGGAACUUCGGCCAACCCCUGCAGAUUUUGCAUGGACAUCAGCUUGCCGUGAAACGAGUCAAAUGCCAUCCCUUCAAUGAGACGCAGAUCGUCUCGUGUUCGUAUGAUACCUCAGUGAACGUCUUUGAUAUGGCCAUGGGGCAAAUGGUGCAGCACUUUGACCAACACACGGAGUUCACCCUCGGCAUCGACCUGAGCCUUUUUGAGGAGAAUGUGAUUGCCAGCACUUCAUGGGAUUGCACCACCUGUGUUUGGAACUUGGCUCAAGGUCCACCACCGCCACCGCCGCCUGCCAUAGUGAAGCGAAUGCCGCAGCAGAAACCCAUGUGAGUAGCUGCCGCGAUGCCGCUGAUGUUUCGGGGAUGAGCCGUCAAGGAGGAACCAGUUUGCCAAGUUCUGC